ACUCACUUCCAGGGCACCCCCACCUGAAGCCUCUGGAGAGCCCCACGUCAUUUUACAGUAGCUUUCUUUUUUUGCUUCUUUUUGGUGGGUGUUGGCGCUGUAGACAAGGUGCUGCUUGGUGUAGCUGGUAGUGGUUGUGGACGGACGGUAAUUAGAGCGGGCGGUUUGGUGUGUGAUAUGGGCAUACCUGCACUCUGCUCUAUAAGGAGAGAUGGAGUAGCUGGACGCAAAACGGGAUACAAAAAAAGACAUAAAAAAAGAAUAAGCCACAAUUAAACGGUCCAAACAAAACAAAACAAAAAAAGACCAGCGCAAUGAACAUCAGCUUCUGCUUUGCAUUAACCGCUCAGCCUUCUCCCCCAAUGACAGGCCGUGGUCGACGCCCUGGCCAGCGACGCAGCCGCCCACUCCAAUUUCCAGGGCCUCUUAGUGGUCGAAGCCGCACUCUCUCAGUGGCUCCCCAGUGGCCCCGCCCCUGCAACCUGCACGACAGGCACCCACUAAACCAGGCACAGCGCUAAGCUGCAACUGGCCUCGGCGCACUCUUUAUGCCCGCUUGCCCACCUGUCUUUGUUUUGUUGCCAUUUUCGUGUCUCUCUUUUCUUCUUCUUUGCGAUAUGCGACAGCUUUGGGGAAGAUAGUCUAAGUUUUUUUUUUUAAUUCGCAAAAAGUGGUUGUGAAAUAAAGAAAGAGAAAACAAAGGGAAAAGAAAAUUAAGAUUUUUCUUCUCUCUUUGUUUCUGUUCUUUCUAUAUUCGCGCCAAUCUCGCUCUCCUUUUUUUUUCCGAACCACCACCACCAAAAGCUUCGCUCCAUCGCCCGACGCGUUUCUUCAUCACCACCACCACCACCCCACCUGGCAUCCUUUCGUCUUUUGCCAUCGUCCUUCGCAGCGUUCUUCUUUUUACGCCUCUUUUUAUUGCCAGUGUCAUUUUUAAUUCUUUUUUUUUUAUUGUUCUGUGUCUUCCUUUUUAUUGCGGCCUACGAUUCAUUCUUCGAUUCCGAACCACUUUACCUACGACCACACAUUACAUCUAAUCUGGGGAAUGAGCUACGCGCCCACUACCGCGCAAACUUCAUUCCAGUAAAUCCUCGACGCCUGCACCAAGAACACGGAACAGGAACCCGCAAAAAAAGAAAGCUGCGCGGAAGAAAGACGACCCCUCGACGCCGCUGCAUUGUUUGCUUGCCCCGUCCACUCGACUUGUUGGAAUUCCGCCGUCAUUGUCGAGAUUCCCCCUUCGCUGCCUGCAACUCUCUCUUGGACUAUCACCAAGAUCCAGCUCUGUCUUCCUGUGAUACCAGCACCUUGUCUGUUGCCGUCCUCCAUCCAAGACUUGAUCCAAAACCUCGUUUCACAGCGAGCGACUUCUUGGUGUCUCUCCCCACCCCCCUGCAGAUUCUCAUCACCACAGACGCAAGGGGCACAGCGUCACCUCGAUUCACUCCCGUAACCAAACAAAAAAGCGCGACUCUCUCCGCACCGCCGUGUUUACGACUGCCUUUGCAUCUUUCUGACGAUAGUCGUCUAGAAUAUUCCUCUUCGCAUCAACUUGCAAGACUUGGUGCAUGGUUCUCUGGUGGCAGUAACCUUUGCCCUGCCACGCACGCCUCCCAGCACAGCAUGGCGUCGUCCGUAGCUUCGGACAAGCCAAAGCUUUCGGCGCAGGCUAGCUCUGCGCCCGAUCCCUUUCAAGCCGGCGCUCCCACAUCGACUCCUCAUUACCGGUUCUCGAAUUUUGACCAUGAUCUCUUCGCCGCCGGACCUGGCUCAUCUCCUCGCCAAGCCAAGCGUGCUCUGACUGCGCAUCUCGCCGAAACGGACCGCCGAUUAGACGAGGCUGGCAAGCUUGGUACUGCCUUGGUUGCUCAGCGCAAAGCUUUGGCCGAGCAGAUUCAAGAAAUCGAGAAACUCAGUGCUGAAGGCGAGCUCCAACCAGAGCUUCGCAAGAAGCUUGUGGAUAUCGAAAAGGAGUACAAUGACCUUGCCCGUGAAUCUGCACGCGCCUUUCUGCCCAAGCAGCGCGUUCCUAGCAAUGAAAAUGGUACAGGAUCUCCCUUUGUACCCGAAGGACGUAUUGGCAGACGUUCAAUCAGCCCUUCCAAGUUCGAUGGCCAGGCCACUGGUUCCCCCACAAAGCUUAGCGUACCGAAUCGGAAAAUUAGAAAUCAACCAUCUAACCGCGUUCACGACAUUGAAUUCGCAGCAGAGAUUAGUACAUCUCUGAUUGCUCAAGUUCGCAACCUGCAAUCGCUUCUUGCCGAGCGCGAAGAUGAGCUGCGAGCUCUCCAGUCGGAGAAAUCGACGCUAGAGAUUGACUCGGAAAACUUGCAGCAGCGCCUCAAGACUCUCGAUGAAAGCGAACAUCGCUAUAAGGAAGAAAACUGGAAUCUCGAGACUCGAAUCCAAGAAAUCACAACACAACAAAAAGAUGCCGCAGAUCGCGAAAAGAAGCUUGCGCAAGCGCUUACUGCUUCCAAGGCAGACAAGACUAGCACUCAAAAAGAGUUGGAUGAUUGGAAGCUGUCCCACGCAAAGCUUAGCGAAGAACACAACUCUAUUCUUAAACACCAUGAUAUUGAGCUUGGAACUGCCAAACGCAACAUGAGCAUGGCAGAAGAGGAGCGUGCAGCUUUGCAACGCAAAAUUGAUGAGCUCACGGGUCAGAAUCAGGAGCUUGCCAAGGCCUUCGGCCAACAACGCGGCCGCUUACAAGACCGCGAGUUGGGAGCCGGCUUUACCGAUGAUGAAUUCGAGACGGCGACUGAUAACGUCACGCCUGAACAUUCUCCUCCUGCCUCACCUGUCAAGGGAACUCCUCGCCAUGCAGUGCUUGAAACAGAAACCGUCAAGACUUCGCUCCACCACGCCCAGCGUACAAUUCAGAGCCAGCGUAGCCAAAUCCACCGUGAAAAGACGGAAAAGUUGGAGCUCCGACGUAUCAUUCAGGACCUGCGUGAUGAACUGGAGAGAGCUCGCAACGACAGCGGCAUUCUCUCCAAGAAGGGCACCCGCAAGACCGACUCCAAGGAAUUCAAGAAGCCUAUGCGCCUUCUUGGCAGCCUCCGAUCCUCGACACAAGAGGUCUUCAUGGAUGACCCUGACUGGGAAGAUAGAGACAUGUCCCCCAACGGUAGCCCAACUCGCAGCCGUGACAGACCUUUGCCGUCCACCGAGUCCACCGACCAGUUCGAGACUGCAAACGAGACCGGAGACUCGGCCUUUGAGACUGCCAACGAGCGCGCCACCGAAACCGACGACUUCCAAACUGGCCAAGAGGGUCAAUCAGACAGCGAUGGUGCUGCUACAGAGACGGAGAGUGGAUCUAGAGGCUUUGGCCGUCUGAGAAACGGUCCCAACUUGCCUGCUGGUCUUGCCCGCCCGGGCACCCGCGAAUCUUUCCAUAGCACUGCUUCUACAUCGGCUGACGAGGAUAUCACCAUCAUGCCUGACGCAUACUCGCCAACUGCUGUAAGCACCGCCUCACAGAAGACACCACGCUUCCGAUUCAGCCGCGGACCAUGGUCUCGCAGCUCUCGCCAGACGAGUGAGGAGCCAAGCAUGCGUGGCAGCCCUGCCAGCUUUGCUAGCAGUGUUGGCAACGCCACUGCUGGACAGAGCCUGUUUGCUGAGCUCCAAGACUUUGACGGCACUGAUGAGGAGUCGCUUGCUGGUACGCCUAGUCAGCGAACCAUGCGAUCCAUGACACCUGCCUCCUCCCGGAUGGGUCUCUCUCCUGCUCCAAGCAUGCCGCCCAUGCCCAGGGCUAUCAUGGUUGAUUCUGGUAUGAUGACUGAGCCGGCAGAGGAAGAGGCUCGCCCACAGUCCAUGGAGUCUGUCGUCAAGGCUGGUGGUAUUGCCAUAGCCUCGGCCGCUGCCGGAGCCCUUGGUGCCAAGGCGUUGUCGACUCCAGAGAAGGAAAUUGAGAUUGUCGAAAAGUUCAUCGAGCGUCCGCCACCAGAGCUUGCCUACUCUUCUAUCCACUCUGAAAACAUCGAGCCUAAGCUCGAAACUCCUCCCGCGCCUGCUGCCCUCACUCUUACCUCCAUUGUCGCUCAGGCCCUGCACCCUAUUGAAACACCCGCACCUCCUCCUCGAAAGAUGACCAUGUCCAAGAUUCUUGGUCAGGGCGUAACACCCAUCGCCCCCAUCGAGACCCCAGCACCAUCAUUGGCACUCACCUCCAUCACCUCGCAGUCAAUCAAGCCAGUAGCCGCCCCCAAUGCCAAACUCUCCUACUCUCACCUCUCCACUCAACAUGUCCAACCUGUACAGGAGCCUGCUCCUGCAGCCCCUUCUCUUACUAUCUCGGCGAUCUCGAGCGAGGCUGUCGAACCUCGCAGCCCGGUUUCCAAGCUCCGUUCAUGGGGUCUUACACCUAUUGCUUCUGUCGAGACACAGCCAAUCUCACCUGUAACGGAUCGCAAGGCCGCUGUUGUGGCUGAUGCAAGUCGCCCAGCCGAUCCGGAAACUCCCAGCCGUAGUGUCUUUGGCUCUCUCUUUGGCCGCGGCAGAGGCAAAGACUACUCACCUGUCAUUGCUGAAGAUGAGACCCGACAGUCUCCAUCGCAAAGCCCUGAAGCAGAAACACCUGAAUCGCAGCGGCCCUUCCGCGAACUUUCCGUCAACUCUGCUGGAAAGCCUUCGCGCAAGGCUGUCUCGGUACAAACCAACGAUCAAGGAGCCCAGACUACUCUUACAGGUGGUAUCAUUGAUAAGAUGGUAGCAGACGGCCAGGAGAACGAGGCACUCCUCCGCAAGAACAGCACUGUCCGCGCUGUAGGCAGCCCUGAUACCAUUGGUACUGUUAGAAUCUACCGCUCCAAGGAGCAGCCUACCACACCCGGCCAAGACGGCGACGAUUCCUUCUAUGACUCCAGCUCCAUCAUCCGACCAAGCAGCUCUGCUAGCAGCCGCCAUCCUCAGCAGGAUAUGCCACCUCUACCGUCGAACCACAAGCAGGCAAUCCAGGCAGCUCGCUCUGGCACCACGCCUGGCAGCAUGGGACCUCCUCUUUGGCCCGCUUCUGCAAUGAAGCAACGCCCACGCACCCCCAGUCGCACCCGGUCUCAGUCUGCCGCUUCCGCUCACGCCACUCCACGAGCUGGACGCUCUGGCGCUGCUACUGGCCACACUACUGUGGAGGUUGACGGCGGUAAGAGACUCACCGUGCAGUCGCGAACCUCUUCUGUAUCGUCCUUCACAUCAGAGCUCGACAACCGUUUCAACAUGCACGACAUGGACCCGACUGGAUUUGGCGCUAACACCGAUCCUCGUAUGAUCCAGGCUAUCACGCAGACCAUGAUUGGCGAGUACCUGUGGAAGUAUACACGCAAGACUGGACGUGGCGAGUUUUCCGAGAACCGCCAUCGUCGCUACUUCUGGGUCCAUCCUUACACACGCACCUUGUACUGGAGUGACCGCGACCCGUCAAGCGCUGGCAAGGCUGAGCUCAAGGCCAAGAGUGUGCCCAUUGAAGCUGUUCGUGUAGUCACAGACGAUAACCCCAUGCCCCCUGGUCUCCAUCGCAAGAGCUUGAUUGUUAUCUCUCCCGGACGAACGAUCAAGUUUACCUGCACUACUGGACAGCGCCACGAGACGUGGUUCAAUGCACUGUCCUAUCUGCUACUACGAACUGGAGAGGAUGCCCAAGAUGACGCCGAGGACAUGGCUGGAGGCAUCACACGCGAGGAUGUUGAUGAGUUUAACCCCCAGAUCGGACGCAGAGCCGGCCAUGACAGCCACUAUGGCGCCCCGCCAUCUGUCAUGUCUUAUAGCACCCGUGCAAGCCGAUACGAGUCUGGUACCACGGAAAACUACACCGUCAACCCUCCCACGCUCACCCCUUCUACUGCCAGCAGAAAGGUUCCUACCCACCGCCCUUCCAUGGGCACGCUUACCAAGCUCGGCGGUAAGCUGAAGCUGUCGAGCCUGCGCAGCCGUACCAGCACACAGCCCGCCGAGUUUUACGCGGCUAGCGAUGUGCAUGACAGCGCCGAAGAUCUGAGGGAGAUGAUUGAGCGCCAAGAUCGCGAAUCAGACCGCUUGGAGAAUGUUCGUGCCUGCUGCGACGGCAAGCACGAUGUCGGCAACAUCUCCCACUCCAAGAGAGGACGUCACUCUCAUGGCCACACCCAUUCGACGCACGGCACGCCCAAGGCAUCUGUGCGCUCCAGAGCUUAAGCAUGUCUCUAUAUGAGAACUGGCUGACGCUGUUUGUACGCUUUUGUUAUUUAUUUCCUGGGAUAUAGAGCUUCGGCUCUUGCCCGCCCACGUUCUUUUUACGAUUCUUAUGAACCAAACUCACACCUUUUGCCAUUCACGCCAGACGUCGGAGCUGUUUGCUCUAAGACAUCUGGUACCUCUCUAUAUAUAAUCAUCCUUUUUUGCUCUCCACCUCUACAAUCAUUCUUCGGCAGCGAGCCGAGUCUUUUCCUAUACUGUCACGUCUGUUUUGUUGCUUUGUAUCAUUGUCUACUUUAGGUUGGCAACGCACAUCACUCACUCACUCAUUCAUCUUUCACGGAAGCAACCACAUGUUUAGUCGUUGCUCCCUGCAUUUUUUGUUUUAGUAGCCUAGGCGUCCUCGGUACGAUUCGGUGUAUACUGUCAUAAUUAUCUCCACGAUCUGAGGGUGGGCAUGUCUCUUUUUACCUGCUGCUAGUCUCUGCUCUCCCCUUUCUUCACAAUCGCAGGAAUCUAGGCGAGUCUUUAGAUUAUCCAAUAGAUGCUCUAUUAUUCGGAGGAAGCUAAAGCCUAUCUAUACUCUACAGUGCAAUGUAUGAACAGAUCCUCCCUAGUGGCUACUGGAUACUUGUUAAUUAAGAGAAAGCUGCAGUGCAAGGUAUUAUCUAUUUCUCAGAAUAAUCACUAUGAAUUGAUCUCUGGAGAGUGCUAGUUUGAAAUGUGUUGCCUUGGAACAAGAUGAAGAUCGUUCAGUUGCAAUGUUUUCAUCCCUACUAGCAUAGAGAUCUCCGCGGAUACUCGAGUCUAGAAUCCCCCCACCCCCGCCCC